GUGUAGGCGGAGGAUUCUUCCUGUGUGGAGGCGGCAGAUCCCGAAGGUACCUGUGAUUCCACGCCAGCUCCGUCCGUGGUGCGGUAACUAUGGCAGCCGACUGCGAGGGAAGCGAGCCCGGGCCUGUGGCCGAGAUAGCUGUUGGAGAGGAAGGUGAGCGAGUCAAACCUUUCACGCCAGAGAAAGCCAAAGAAAUUGUAAUGUCUUUGCAGCAGCCUGCAGUCUUCUGUAACAUGGUUUUUGAUUGGCCAGCGCGACACUGGACUGCAGAGCACCUCUCUGAGGUCUUGCGGGGCAAGCAGAUACGGUUCCGAAUGGGCCUGAGAAGCACAGACACAGUGCCUCAGUUUGAAACCUCAUGCAGUUACGUGGACGCUACACUUGAGGAGUUUUUGACCUGGAACUGUGACCAGUCUAGCACCUCUGGACCCUUUAAAGAUUAUGAUCAUUCCAAAUUCUGGGCUUACGCUGACUAUAAAUAUUUUGUCACUCUAUUUGAAGACAAGACAGAUGUCUUCCAGGAAGUGGUGUGGUCUGACUUUGGGUUUCCUGGAAGAAAUGGACAAGAAAGCACACUGUGGAUCGGCUCCCUCGGAGCCCAUACUCCCUGCCAUCUGGAUUCCUAUGGUUGCAACUUAGUAUUCCAGGUACAAGGAAGGAAAAGAUGGCAUCUCUUUCCUCCUGAAGAUACGCCUUUCCUUUAUCCGACCAGAAUCCCUUACGAAGAGUCUAGUGUGUUCAGUAAAAUCAAUGUUGUCAACCCUGAUUUAAGGCGUUUCCCUCAGUUCCGGAAAGCUCAAAGACAUACGGUCACGCUGAGCCCAGGACAGGUUCUGUUUGUCCCCAGACACUGGUGGCAUUAUGUGGAGUCUGUUGAUCCUGUCACCGUCAGUAUAAACUCCUGGAUUGAGCUGGAAGAGGACCACCUAGCCCGGGUGGAGGAGGCCAUCGCCCGUAUGCUCGUGUGUGCACUGAAGACCGCAGAGGGCCCGCACUACCCCGGAGCCUGGCUGAACCCCACUGAGGUUGAGGAAACAUCUCAUGAAGUCAAUUGCUGCUACCUAAAUGGUGCUGUUUGUGCUUUUUUUGAUCAUUGUAAAAAAGCUAAAGAAGUAGAAAUGCAAACAGUGAGAGCACAUGUAGAGAGAGAAGAACAGAGUGUGCAGGAGCACACGGAAGUGGAGCAGUCUCCACAUGACCGGAGUGUCACAGUGAAGAGUGGGAGACAGGAGGCAGCAAGUCUGUUUAGCCCAGAUCUGGUCCCCGUGACACCAGCAUCUGAAGAGCGAGGAGGCACACUGGAAGGUGACAGCAAAGAAUGUUUCAAGAGAAAGAGAGACAGAGAACACACUGCAGAACUCCCCUGUACCAAGAGGCAGCAGACUAGUCAAGGGGCAAGUUCAGUGGUGGAGCAGGUGGCCUCAGGGCGUCCUGUGGCACCUUCUAGAAUACUUGUGUCCACCGAUGACUUGCUGGACUGCUUGGUGAAUCCGCAAGUAACCAAGAUGGUGGCCCAGCUUUUGAUACAAAGGAAAAGCUUGUGAUGCUAAUAGAUUUUUUUAAAUAACUUUUUAAAAUAUAUUUUUAGAAAUAAUGUGGUAUGCGAAUUUGUUUGCUUUUCUGUAGUAUUUUUAGUUACUCU